AUGGCCGAGCAGUUUUGCCGAUCGACCGGUAUUCCAUUGGAGUCCACGUCUGAGGCCUUGGUAGUUUCGACUCCCUGGGGGAAGUCUAUAGUAUUGAACCGAUGUUGCCCUUCUUACUCGGUGUUAAUGGGUGAGAUGUUCCUUCAUAUUGAUCUGUUCAUGAUGCGGAUGGCAGGCUUUGAUGUUAUUUUAGGUAUGGAUUGGCUUGCGAAGUAUUGUGCCAUCUUGGACUGUGCCGCGAGGAUGGUUAUAUUUCACAUUCCCAGCUUGCUAGUGUUCCAGUUUGUCGCCGAGCCCAGAGGAGAGUCGUUGUCUAGUUUCUUGGCUUCUAUCGUGGAGGAUUUUGUGGUAAGAUGUAUUGAGCAGCUGCUAGUUAUUUGUGAGUACCUGGAUGUGUUCCAGGAGAUCCCGGGUUUACCGCCGCGUCGGCAGAUUGAGUUUCAGAUAGAUUUAGUGCCCGGUACUGCACCUAUCUCGAAAGCUCCCUAA